GGGUAGACAGUCCAGAGCAGUGGUCCGACUGAGCCGCGGGUUGGUGGAACAGCCCCGAGUGUGGUGGAGAGUUAUUGAGGACGAGUGGAGGUGGAACGACAUUGUGGACGAGGAGUGUGGACUGUGGAUCGAUUGUAGGUGGACGUGGUGUGGACAGAGUGGAGUGGAUUUCCACUUUGGUGCGUGGACAUUGAGAGUUUAGUUCAGGUGAAGUGACUUUCUAGUGAGACUGAAGCUGGUUUCGGCUUUUGGUGAUGAAGAGAGCUGAUAUUUAAGGAAUAGACUACGAAAAGUGGUGUUUUAAACGGCAUAUUUAUUUAUUUAUUUGUGAAAGUCGUGUGGAACAUUUUGAUAGAACUGAGCGGAAAAAUAAGCCUGCGGCACGAGUGGAAAAACCAAAGCGACGAUCAAUAUCAGACUGUCUUGGAUAUGACCAUCGGCAAGGUCGCCUAGUGACCUGACUUGGACCGUGACCUGACCCCUUGACCUCAUGGGUUGGAGGGACCGCUUCCGACCUGGUAGGAACAGGGCCCAACACAAGGGUCUGCAGCGUGACGUCACAACCCUGUUGACAUUUCGAGAACACGUGCUGGACUCAUUACCCCGUCUGCCGAGUCCGCCGGCCGAGCCGCCCUGGCGACCGAGCCGGCCACCGCCCUGGAAAGCCAGGGACUCUGGAUUCAGCGGCGAGCGUGACACCAUAGCCGCGCUUCGUUCGCGCCAAAUUGCCGUUCCCGCCAGCGCCAAAACAUCUCCGCCUCUGCCCGGAGACGACGAGCCGACGGUGGCGCCACCGCCAGAGGCUGCGACCGGCGAGGGAACUACUUCACCAGCCUCGCCCGGAGUAUCGGCCAUGCCAGUUUCGGAGGUGGCAGGCGUGACACCAGUGUCACCAAUCGUGUCACCAGUGUCACAUGUGUCACCAAUAGUGUCACCAAUGUCACCAGGCUCGGACUCAGGACUGAAGAGCGCUGAGGGUGGCUCACGAUGGCACGAUGCUAUCCAUAGUGGCACCAGUGGAAACUCAACCAGUGGUGUCGGCACCAGUGUCGGCCUGGGUAUCAGCAGUGGCACCAGUGUGGGACACGUCACCAGUGGUGGUGCGCAUGGCACCAGUGGUGUCAGUGUCAGUGCCGGUGGGUCAACCGCUCCCUGGGCGGACGGGGAUGAACUACUAGGUCUUCUAGACGCUAUAGCUAAUCGUGGGCGAAUACUGAAAGACGAAAACCGUCAACUAGCUGAAGUUCUAAGCCAUACCGAACUGAGCCAUCACACUGAUCAUGAUCUUGAUCAAGAUCUAGAUCAUGAGCAAGAGAUACAUCAAGAUCACAUCGGCGACGGAGAUGGAAAUGUUACGUACCGGUGUAGAUAUUGUGAGAGACCUUUCAACGGACAUGCAGCUACAGUAGAUCAAACGAGAAGUGUCGCAAGAGACCCUGUGACUGAUGCGUUGAAUAUGAACAUUCAGAUGGGAGGACAAACUGGCAUUACGGGAGGACAGAGUCCUCUUCUAGGAGGUCAAAGUCCUCUCCUAGGAGGACAGAGUCCUCUCCUAGGAGGUCAGAGUCCCCUCUUAGGAGGCCAAAGUCCGCUAGGAGGACACAACCCGCUUCUGGGAGGACACAACCCUCUCCUGGGAGGACAAUACGGCGCGACACAAUCACCACUCCUUGGAGGACAGUAUGGAGAAAAUGGAGGACAUUUUGGAGGACUGGGAGGACCGUACCACCAUAGUCCUCAUGUCGGACAGUCGCCGCUGCUGCAUGGGAGGACGAACCCACUGAGGAGGUCACCGGCCGUCAACCAUCUCCACCACUCUCCCCCCGGUGGAGCCGCCUCCUCAACUCUACCUCCCCCCACCGACCCCGGCUGUCCUCUCAGUCUGCCAGUACUGAGACCUAGGGAGGAGUAUCUGUCGGCUCUGACGGAGGUGGAGAGACUCAUGCAGGAGAGGGAUCUGCUCAUGGAUCGGCUGCUCGGCAUGGAAUUGGUGGCAGUGCGGUCGCAGGGCCAGGCGGCCAGUCUCCAAACGCGCCUUCAAAUGGUCUCCGCCGCCAAUGAAGAGCUCCGCCGUGAACUACGCCUGGCAUCUUCAUCGAGAUGUGAAGUGGAUGCGAGAAUCCAUGACAUGCACCAACAGUUUGUGAGAUCCAGGAGACUGCAACCCUCGCCUGCUCCUGCCCCUGCCCCUGCAAGGUCGACUCCUGAUUUGAGGCUGCCGUCAAGGAUACCACAACCGCUUUCGCUUCGGCGAAGAGUCGAUACGACGUGCGAGAAAAGCAAGGUAGAGGAGAAAGAGAAGACGGUGGAGAGAGCGAAAACGAUGGAAGAGAGGGGGAGAGGAACGGAGAGAGCGAAAACAGCGGAGGAGAGAGUGAGAGGGGCAGAAAAAGACAGAGUAGCGGAGUGCACUCGGCAGACCCAAACAGAUUCUGCAGCGUAUCUAGUCAACAGAGAAACCCAGACCGAAGUUCCACCGUCGCCACCAGCUGUUCUGGCGGUGAAAACGUCAGGAGCUCGUGUUGUACCUCCGGAUCGGGCCCGUGUGGCGGGGAUACUGAGAGAGAUGGAUCCACUGAAGCUACAGAGACAGCUGAUCGGCAUGCUGGUUGAAGCAGAGGUUCUCCGCAGCCAGCUGGCCGCCCUGGGUCGUGACCUGGGCUCAGGUCAGAGCCGGGUCACGGCCACCCCGCGUCGACAAUCAGCCACCACUGCGGAGCUCAGCAGGCAGAAUGAGGAGCUUAGGCUGCAGUUGGCUGAACGUCAAAUCGAGCUCGAGGGGACCCGCGCCCGUCUGCGUCAAUUGGAAACCCCCUCCACCCCCGCCACCCCUGCCUCGAGGGGCCGCUCUUCGGGUGCAGGUCGACCUUCAAGCCUCUCUGCCUCGCCUCACGAUCGCAGCAUAGGGCACAGUAGUAUACCUGUGUUAGUCAGAGCUUCUAGCCCCGGGAGAAGAGGGAGGAGGUUGAGUGCUAGUGGGGUGGGGGAUGGACCGAGGAGCAGGACUCCUAGUAGGGCGACGGGUGACGCUAGAAACGCUGAUGUGAGGGCUGAUGUGAGACCCGGACGAGGAAGAGGUAGUGGAAUCCAGCGGCGCUCUGUACAAGACAGCUCAGGAUCAGACCUUGCCACCGUGCGAGCGAUGCGUCAAUUGAGUUCAUCACUUCGGCGUUCUACGCCCAACCUGAGUGGCUCACCACCGGGGGCUGGUCAGACUGAUGAACAGGGAAGUCAGACAAGACUGACGGCUGGGGCAAACUAUAGUACUGGAGGGAGAACCUCUGGACUGGCAGCUAUCACUGGUCAUCUGACGAGCUCUUCACCAAACCUCGCAGCUGCAUCAACAAGUGUGGCCGGGAGGGUGAACACUCGUCUGCAGCCUCAACCCCCUACCGCGUGGGCGGCGCAUAGCCCGUCACCAGCCUGGCAGCAAGAUCCAAAAGUGAAGGUACGCGCGAGAGCCCUGUGGGAGCACUGGUUGAGAACUGAGGGACGUGGAACCAGUGGCACGGCGGCUAAUCCUGUGUGAUCUGGACCAUGAUCCUCGCAUUUCUGCCACUGCCGUAUCCCGCCUUCGUCUUAUCCCGCCUUCGCCAUUUUUCACGUCAUUAUCCCGCCUUAUACCACCUUGUUUUGCAUCCGCCUACAAUUUUGUUCCUGCAUUACCUACCCAAGUCAUAGUAAAUGAAACCAUUUACCUGACCCACGAUCACGUGAUCUGAAAUGAUCGGCUGAUCAACUGACCGGAUCUGGAUCGAACGUCCUGGCUGGCUGGUUACUAGCUAGCUGGCUGCUCAUUUAGCCGACUGGUUGGAGUACUAGCUAGCUAGUUGGUUUACCACCUAGCUGGUUUGAGUACUAGCUAGCUGGUUGGAUUACUAGCUGGUAGCUGACUUCCUGGCUGUUGCACUAACACCUUCUGUGUAAAACAAGACUGAUGGGGAGAAAUUCAUCGUGAUGGUACCUUUUGCGCCAGCACACAAACCUAAGGCCGACUGGCGUGCUAGCUUCCCCAACGUCGCUUCAACAAACGGAGACUCAUCUUCAACAGCCCCAACUUCAACAACAUCGUCAACAACAGCGUCGUCAUCCAAAGUACCCUCUGGUCAGAGUCAGGCGAUCGGACAGAUUCUCUCAACCCUCUCUGCUCCGUCUUCUCCUGGAGGAGGGUCAGAGACACUCUCUCGCACAGCGGCCGACAUCAGAGCUCUUCGGAGGGAGAUGGAGGCACGACUGCAAGCUGCACGUUCAGGGACUGAGGCUGGUGAGGUUGAACAUGCUGUUGAACAUGCCACAGAAGCUGUGGAGGGUGGUGGUGGGGACAUUGAUGAACGAGAUAUCUCUGAAGGAAGUGGAGAUGACUGUACGUCUUUGGAGUCAUCCCCACGGGAGAUACGCGGGGAAGAGUCAUCGAGUCAAAGAGUCGCGGUGACUCCUCCUCGCCGUGGUGGAAUACUGGAAAGACUCCAUGCGAUUGACUCAGCCGCUGCGACUCUUCCACUGUCUUCAACCUCAACUACAACAUCCUCUUCAACAGUGUCAGCAUCCACCACAUCCUUUCUAUUAUCCCCAGCACCAACCGCUUCUGCUUCAGGAAUGGCGGUGGAUUCUCGCUUCGGUUACCACCAUACUGGUAACACUCGACCGGAUCCUGCUUUGAUGCCUCCUAAUCAAGGACUAAUCCAUCAAAUUCUCACCUCACAUGCUACUACACCGAGUCGACCUGGCUCCACGCUAGAUAAAGCAGAAGGAGGUGCCGUUCGAGCUGCUUCAAGCGGAAUGCCUGGCGCUGUGACCAAACCAAAGCUACGGAAAAGCGCUAGCUUGACUCCGCCGAGUGGGGAGCGGAAGGGUGCGGCAGCUCAUCCGAAGCUUGUGAGAUCGGCUACUCUGCGUGAAGGGAGUAAUGGUGGAGGGGGAGGGGCUGCGGGGUCGCCCAGGGCUCCUCCUCCCAAGGAGAGUGGAAAUGCAAGGGUGGGAAGGUAUAUUCGGAGUCUGCUGCAGAGGAUUUCUGAAGUACCCGAUCAGUGAGAAAUGGGGAGAGGAGUGGAGAAAAGAGAGAGAGAGAGAGAGAGAGAGAGAGAGAGAGGGGGCGUGAGGAGAGAAGGAACAGCAAUAGAGAGGGAGAGGAUGAGAUAAGAGGGAGAGAGAGAGGGGGGAGAGAGGAAGAGGAUGAGACAAGAGAGGGAAUGAAACUAGACGGGACGAAGGAGAGAUUGAAAGCUGACAAAGGAAGUGAGGGCAAGGAGACUGGGAGGUAGAAUGGAGGAGAGAGUGAAAUAAGAGGAAAAUGUUUCGGUGAUGCGUUGUUUCCUAUGGCGACUCGAAGUUUGUGAUACUGGUUUGUAAGGUGUAGAAGCGGUGUUACGAAGGGUAUCAUCGAUUCAUUGUUAUUUAUACCGACUUAGACCUGUGAUGUGCUGAGUUAGCGUGCUGAGUUAGCACCACUAAACCAAAUGUAUGGCAUUGAUGUUGAGGCGUAUACCAAAGUUUGAUGUCACUGUGGCGAAAUGUGAUCGAUAACGUAUAGCUGCGUCAUUUAAAUGCGUUGUUCAUGUGACGUCAAUAAUCCCAAAUGCGACUUUUCGUCCAGUCCGCGACCGCGACAUACUCGCCGUAUUGAGGUGUGCGAAUAGUCCUGAAUGACGUCAUGAGAUCUUGUGACGUUGUCCGGGUGUUUGCGAAAAUCCGCUCGCUAGAGAUAUUUGUUCAGCUGUGAUACGUGGCCCGGAGACAUUCCUGCUUGUUUUGCGUUGCCACUAUGUGGUAACGUUUCGUGUUUCCAUGUUUCCACUACGGCUAUACAUACCGAUGUUGUUUCAUUUCCGUUCCAGCUAGCGAAUUCCAUGCUUGAGAAUUCCGCAAAACUUGCGCAUUUAUCGCCAGAUCUGAGGACUUUUUGUGACGGACUGCGGGAUGGCUGGAGGAAUUGUGAUAAUUCUCUGGGUGGGUGGCGAUAAUAGGCGGUGUUGCGGGUUUGUUUUAUUUGUGUAUCUAUGUAUUGUAUUUACUAGUGUGUGUGGUUGUGCCUUACAAAAUACAUGGUUGCCCUGUA